CCCCUAGGCGUUAGUCCGAUACCGAGAUCGAGAGCGAGCAGAGACUCGGUAGGCAAGGUCUGAUCUUCGAGACUGACAGUCCUCGCUUCACUGCGGCUUCUGCUACCUCUCCAGGCAGCAUCAGCAGCCAGCCAGGCACUCGGAGCCUUCUUCGAGAACGCUCGUGCGCCGUCCGGUCUUACGACUCAAUCUUGCCUCGCGGAUCGAGGGAAGGAGUCAAGCGGUCGCUCAGCAAGACUUUCUUGGCUUGCUGGCGACGUGCUGGCACCGGGAGAGCAGCUCGCAGACUGCCAAGGCUCGUCGAGAAUAUCCAGCUUUGAGAAUCCGUGCGCAUCGGCCUUGCUUGGCUCAGUGUCAUCGCCCGGCCUUCAGGCAGACUGCCAGCAUCAUAGAGAUACACCGAGAGUAUGUCGCAGUCAAGUGGCGCCAGAGAUGCCGCCUAUAUCCGUACGCCAACCGGCGAACCACCUGCUAACCCUUUUGCUGGCGUAAGACCGAACAACCCGGCGCGACAGCCCACCGGCUUCAGCGAUCAAUCUUCCGUGGAGGGAGACUAUGGCAGCUACAACAACCCCUCGGGUCCUGGUUACGCCAGCCGCGAGACGUAUUCUAGCGAGACCGGAACACCAUACAGCACAAAAAAGUACGAGCUUGACUCGGAGUCUGAAGCGGGCGAUGGCGUCUAUCAGCGCGGCACGGCAGGCUAUGGCGCGCCUUCGACGGAUUCGCUCAUGCAAGAGCGACCUGCUCCUGCUUUUGCCCGUGCCGGCGUCAAUUCCUACUCGUCUGGUGCAUCUACGCCUACCUACGGCGGAUUUCCAAGCCAAGACUUCCAGCCCUACUCCAAGCUGCGCGAGCCGUAUCCUGCUUGGUCUGCAGAAUCGCAGAUACCGAUCAGCAAGGAGGAAAUCGAGGAUGUCUUCAUCGAUCUGGCGAAUAAGUUUGGAUUCCAGCACGAUUCGAUGCGCAACAUGUACGACCACUUGAUGAUUCAGCUUGACUCGCGCGCGUCUCGCAUGCCGCCUGCCCAAGCUCUCUUGACUUUACACGCUGAUUAUAUCGGCGGUGAACAUGCAAACUAUCGCAAAUGGUAUUUUGCUGCUCAGCUUGAUCUGGACGAUGCCAUCGGGCAAGUCAACACGGCUGUGCCGGGUAUGACGAAGCUUGGCAAGAAAAAGAAGGGCGUGACUACGGGCUUGCCCCAGACUGCGGCCGGCAAGACACUCGAAUCUGCUCAUUCGCGCUGGCGCAAGGCCAUGGCAAACAUGUCAGAGUAUGAUAUGCUCCGCCAAAUCGCACUAUACCUACUCUGCUGGGGCGAGGCAGCUCAGGUCAGAUACACACCGGAGUGCCUAUGUUUCAUCUUCAAAUGCGCGGACGAUUACUAUCGCUCUCCGGAGUGCCAAGAGCGCCUCGAGCCGGUGCCAGAAGGUCUCUAUCUACGCGCUGUCAUCAGACCGCUCUAUCGUUUCUUGCGUGAUCAAGGCUACGAAGUCAUCGAUGGUCAAUUCCUACGUAGAGAGCGUGAUCACGAGGCCAUCAUUGGCUACGAAGAUGUCAACCAGCUUUUCUGGUAUCCCGAGGGCAUCAAUCGCAUCGUGCUCACUGAUCGUACCCGUCUAGUCGACAUACCACCUGCGCAGCGCUUCAUGAAGUUUGAUAAGAUCGAGUGGAACCGAGCAUUCUUCAAGACAUACUACGAGCGCCGUUCAUUCCUGCAUCUGCUUGUCAACUUCAAUCGCAUCUGGGUCAUCCAUAUUGCCAUGUUCUGGUUCUACACUGCCUACAACUCGCCUAAGAUUUACACGCGCUCUGGUGAAAAGGAACCAACGUUGGCGAUGCGCUUCUCAGCGACCGCCCUUGGAGGCGCCGUUGCUUCGCUCAUUAUGAUCGCUGCCACCCUUGCCGAGUUUUCAUACGUCCCUACAACAUGGAAUCACACAUCGCAUCUUGGUCGCCGACUCGUCUUCCUGCUCGUUGCUCUGGCAUUGACAGCUGGUCCGACGGUCUAUAUCGCGGGCUUCAAUCGUGACUCACAGGUUGCACGCAUCAUCGCUUUCGUGCAAUUCGGCAUAUCGGUGUUCUUCUACUUUCUGUUUGCAAUUGUGCCUUCGGGCAGGCUGUUCGGCGAUCGUGUGGCAGGCAAGGCUCGCAAGUACUUGGCGAAUCAGACCUUCACUGCUUCUUUCCCGGCUCUCGUCGGUGCUGCUCGCUUCACCAGUGUCAUGAUGUGGACGCUCGUCUUUGGCUGCAAGUUUACCGAAUCCUACUUUUUCCUGACGCUCUCGUUCAAGAACCCGAUCCAGGUCAUGGUCAACAUGACAGUCCGCAACUGCAGCGACAAAGUCCUCGGCAGUGGUCUCUGUGCGCAGCAACCGGCCUUCGCCCUAGCACUCAUGUUCUUGAUGGACUUGACAUUGUUCUUCCUCGAUACCUUCCUGUGGUAUGUCAUCUGGAAUACCGUCUUCAGUAUCGCUCGUUCCUUUUCGCUUGGUCUGUCUGUCUGGACGCCUUGGCGCGACAUCUUCACACGACUACCCAAACGGAUUUAUGCUAAGCUGCUCGCGACGGGCGACAUGGAAGUCCGCUACAAGCCGAAAGUGCUUGUUUCGCAAGUCUGGAACGCCAUCGUCAUCAGCAUGUAUCGCGAACAUCUAUUGUCUAUCGAUCAUGUCCAACGUCUGCUCUAUCAUCAAGUGCCGUCUGACAACGAGGGCAAGCGCACGCUGCGCGCUCCAAUCUUCUUCAUCUCGCAGGAGGACAAGGGCCUAAAGACUGAAUUCUUCCCUCAUGGAUCUGAAGCCGAAAGGCGUGUCUCUUUCUUCGCCCAGUCGCUCACGGUAGCUCUGCCAGAGGCGCUUCCGGUCGAUUCCAUGCCUACUUUCACUGUCCUUACGCCGCACUACAGCGAGAAAAUCUUGCUGUCUCUACGAGAAAUCAUCCGAGAAGAAGAUCAGAAUGCGCGGGUUACUUUGCUCGAAUAUCUCAAACAGCUCCAUCCGAUCGAAUGGGACAAUUUUGUGCGCGACACGAAGAUACUGGCAGAAGAGUCAAACGUAUUCGGCGGUUAUCCAUUUGCCAACGGAUCAGGCAACGAUGAGAAGGCAGAUGCGAAGAGCAAGGCGGACGAUAUUCCGUUCUACAUGAUUGGCUUCAAGUCUGCCGCGCCAGAAUAUACACUGCGCACACGGAUCUGGGCAUCUCUACGCGCACAGACUCUCUACAGAACCGUCUCAGGCUUCAUGAACUACUCAAAAGCAAUCAAGCUGCUCUAUCGUGUCGAAAAUCCUGAGGUCGUCCAGAUGUUUGGCGGCAAUACGGAACGUCUAGAGCGUGAACUCGAGCGCAUGGCUCGUCGCAAGUUCCGCUUCGUCAUCUCCAUGCAGCGCUACGCAAAGUUCAACAAGGAAGAGAUUGAAAACACCGAGUUCCUGCUGCGCGCGUAUCCCGAUCUCCAGAUUGCCUAUCUCGACGAAGAACGCUCCAGCAAGCAAGGCGGAGAGCCUCGCAUCUAUUCUGCACUCAUCGACGGUCACUCAGAAAUCCUGCCAGAUGGGAAGCGACGCCCCAAGUUCCGUAUAGAGCUACCAGGCAACCCGAUUUUGGGCGAUGGCAAGUCUGACAAUCAGAACCAUGCCAUCAUCUUCCAUCGUGGCGAAUAUGUGCAGCUCAUUGAUGCCAACCAGGACAAUUACCUUGAGGAGGCUAUCAAGAUUCGCAACGUCCUUGGCGAGUUCGAGGAGCUGCAUCCAACCAAAGAGAGCCCUUACUCGCCUCAAGGAUUUGCAGCGGCAAAGCUCAGACCUCCAGUCGCGAUCGUCGGCGCGCGAGAAUAUAUCUUUUCGGAGCAUAUUGGUGUUCUUGGCGACGUGGCGGCCGGCAAGGAACAGACUUUUGGCACUUUGCUCGCUCGCUCCCUUGCUUUCAUCGGUGGCAAGCUUCACUAUGGCCAUCCUGACUUCCUCAAUGCGAUCUUUAUGACCACGCGAGGCGGUGUCUCGAAAGCGCAAAAGGGUUUACAUUUAUCAGAAGACAUCUAUGCUGGCAUGAACGCGUUCGAACGCGGCGGACGAAUCAAGCACACAGAGUACUACCAAUGCGGCAAAGGGCGAGACCUCGGCUUUGGGACUAUCCUCAAUUUCCAGACCAAAGUCGGCAGCGGUAUGGGCGAACAAAUGCUAUCGAGAGAUUACUACUACCUUGGCACUCAACUGCCAAUUGACCGCUUCCUGACCUUCUACUUCGGUCAUCCAGGGUUUUACUUGAAUAACAUACUCAUCAUAUUGGCGGUUCAGCUGUUCAUGUUCGUCAUGGUCUUCCUCGGCACCCUUAACAGCAAUCUCGACAUUUGUACAUAUAACAGCAAUGGUCAAUUUUCUGGCAACGAAGGCUGCUACAACCUCGUACCCGUCUUCGACUGGAUAAAGCGCUGCAUCAUCUCCAUCUUUAUCGUCUUUUUCAUCUCGUUCCUGCCGCUCUUUUUGCAAGAAUUGACGGAGAGAGGUGUCGGACGCGCUCUGCUGCGACUAGGCAAACAUUUCAUCUCGCUUUCGCCCGUCUUCGAAGUCUUCGGAACGCAGAUCUCAGCGCAUUCGCUGUUGACCAACAUGACCUUUGGCGGCGCUCGUUACAUUGCCACCGGCAGAGGUUUUGCAACAACGCGCAUUUCCUUUGCAAUUCUAUACUCGAGAUUCUCGGGACCCUCCAUCUAUCUCGGCAUGCGUACUCUCGUCCUGCUACUCUACUCGACCAUGACCGUCUGGACCAACUUUUUGAUCUACUUCUGGGUGUCCAUCCUUGCUCUCUGUCUGGCUCCCUUCAUCUUUAAUCCCCACCAGUUCUCAAUCAGCGACUUCAUCAUUGAUUACCGGGAGUUCCUGCGCUGGAUGAGCAGAGGCAACAGUCGCUCGCAUGGCAACUCGUGGAUCGGCUAUUGUCGAUUGUCUCGCACGCGUGUCACCGGCUUCAAGAAGAAGAGACUCGGUCAUCCAUCAGAGAAGCUUUCAACAGAUGUUCCUCGUGCAGGCUGGCGCGUCAUUGUCUUUUCGGAGAUCCUAGCGCCCAUCAUGUUCGCGACGAUCUUUGUCAUUGCCUACGCGUUUGUCAAGAGCUUUGCCGAUCCGCAAGUCAACGCUCUACUCCGCAUCGCUAUCAUCUCUCUCGGUCCGAUCGUCUGGAAUGCGGUCCUGCUGGCAGUACUGUUCCUUGUCUCGCUCUUUGCCGGUCCUGCGAUGGGUCACUGCUGCGCUCGCUUUGGCAGUGUCAUCGCCGCCAUUGCACAUGUCGGCAGUGUCGUCGGCCUUGUCGCCUUUUUCGAAUUCCUCUGGCUCAUCGAACGCUGGAACAUCAGCCAUGCCAUCCUUGGCAUGAUCGCAGUCAUCUAUAUCCAACGCUUCAUCUUCAAGGCCCUCAUCGCGCUUUGCAUGAGCAGAGAAAUGAAGAAUGACGAGGCAAAUCGAGCCUGGUGGACGGGACGGUGGUACGGACGCGGUCUCGGAGGCCACGCCUGGUCUCAGCCGCUACGAGAGUACAUUGUCAAGAUAAUCGAAAUGUCACUCUUCGCUGCCGACUUUCUGACAUGCCACUUUUUGCUGUUCAUGUUGACGAUCCCAAUGCUGAUCCCCUUCAUCGAUCGCGCACACGCAACGAUGCUCUUCUGGCUCAGACCAAGUCGGCAGAUCAGAGCGCCUAUUUACAGCUUCAAACAAAAAGCUCAAAGGCGAAAGAUCGUCUUUACCUACUCACUCAUCUAUCUCGGCGUACUCGCCUUCUUUGUCGCCCUCAUCGUCAUUCCUGUCGUGUUCCGUCACACUCUCGACAGCCUGCCAUCUGUCAACAUCUAAACAUGAUGUAUGGCGAUUGUAUAGCUUUAGAUUUGCAC